GCUUCGCUUAAAACAGCUUCUCGUGAUUAUAAGUUUUGCAGUGAUAAUUUACGUUCUUUUAGUGACUUUGUAAAGAAAAUCUGCAAUCGUCGCACGUGGUAAGCCGAUUCUAUUGGGUCCUGUGCUUCGCGAGGCAAAAAGGUGGCCACAAGUAACGCAAGAGACGUGCCAGAGGCUUAAGUUUUACGCGUGUGAUACGGAGAAAUUAUGGAUCGAAACUCGGAAAUACGCCACAUGUCGUCGCAUUUGCAGCAUGUGGCCGAUAUCCUGGACAAGACCGAUGGCUGGAGAGAAAUUAUUAGUUUGAUUCCCAAAAAUAUAGAUGAUAUCUCCAGCCCACGACCCACGCCGAAGUAUACUGGUUUUCACGAAGACAAAAUCAACGAGGUGAGCAGAGAGAAUAAACUUUCGCCAUCAAAGUUGCUGCUGGAAGAAUGGAGCAUAUCGGGCAGGGUGAGGCCGACGGUUGGCAAUCUUUUAACGAUCCUCAUCCGUGCCAAUCAAAUACGUGCGGCAGAGUACCUGAGCAGCAAGCUAGAGGAAGCACCUCCGGAACGACCGAGAAACGGUCCGGCGGCACCAAUCGAUAUCAGAUUGCCCGAAGACUACCAGACGGAAUCCAUGCUCGACGGUAUGAGCUAUCCUCAGUCAUCGCAGCUCCUGAACGGCUCGUCGAUCACGAACGCCAACAAUCGCGAUUAUUACGACAAAAUGGGACCGACAAAGCGCGUUGUAAUUGAGGAUCCGGUGCAACCGCCUGUCGAUCCCAAGCAGCCGGCAAAUUCGUGCAGCAAUAACAACACUCCGGAACUAAAACAGAACAAUAAUGCACAACUAUUGGGCGGACCAGCAAAUGAGGAAACAAACCAAUCCCAACCAGCAGACGAUUUGCUGCCGUCAUUUAGCAAGUUAAUGGACCCAUCAGAUGCCAGGACAUCGGGACAGAUGGAUGAGUCGUCCAAACUGCAGAAUGAUCGUGAUGUUGCUGUACCGCAAUCCGUGAAUCAUGCCGGAGAGCCGUCGUAUGCAGUAAGCCUUUCGGAUAUGCCCCGUUUUGAUCUUCUGCGUGAUACUAGCAGCGAAUCACAUGUCUUGGGAGCGAGCUCACAUAAUGAUAUUCCCAUGCUCUCUAUCAUGGGUACCAAUAGUGAAUCCUCCGUUUCGAUAGAAAACAGCAUGGCCGACAGUACAAACACAACUCCAGCGCUUUCGAUCUUUGGCCGCAAUUCCUUAAACCAAUCUCAAGAGCAAAACAGUGACAAUUCUGGUGUAUCAAAUGCAAGUAAUUCCGGAGCGAUGGGUGACCUCAUGAAGUUCAGUGUGAUCGAAUUCUCGUACGAUCAUCUCGAACGUGUCACGGACAUGUUUAAUAGGACGGUCUUCACCAACCGUGACACAAGGUCUCCUAACGGACGGUGGAUCGGUGCAGGUGGUUUCGGGGCCGUAUUUCUCGCGAUCAAUCUUACGCCGACCGUUCCCGUUGCUGCCGUCAAACGGCUUGAAUCCGGUACGUACAAAUAUCUGGAAAAGUUUCAACGAGAACGUACAGUCCUUGCGGCCCAUUCACAUCCCAACAUUCUGAGCCUGCUGGGCAGCUGCUCUAAUGGUCUCCAGCCGUGCCUGGUUUACGAGUAUAUGCAGGAUGGUGAUUUGGAAACGGCCCUUUUGAAGAUGCGUGCCAGUAGUUUGCAUCUCGGUGGGGCACGUCGGCUCAAGUAUCUGCAGGACAUUGCGAGCGCCAUCCACUAUCUGCAUGCGCGGGCCAAUGUCAUACAUCGUGACGUCAAAUCGGCCAACAUUCUGUUGAACGGCAGUGUAGCGAAGCUGUGCGAUUUUGGUCUCCUGAAACCGACGAGCUCUACGACGGAAACGAAAAUCAUUGGCACGAGUGCCUACAUUGCUCCGGAAGCAGUGCGUGGAUCGAUUUCCGUGGCGAUGGAUGUGUAUGCGUUCGGUAUCGUCAUAGCGGAGACCGUCACCGGUGAGGCCGUGUUUGCGGACGAUGGAUCCCGCAGCGAAUGUAAUCUCGACAGCUACAUAAGACGCCACCGAGGUGAAGGGCGGAAUUUGGCAUCACUGGUGGAUCGGCGCGCCAUCGGGCUUGGCAGUGGCGAGGAGCGCUGGCUUGUAGUUGGAAGCAGUUUGCUGGAAAUGGCGUUAAAAUGCUUGGAGGAUACAUGGUGUCGACCAACGAGUGGUGUGCUAGUGUCGCAAAUAUCUGAGAUGAGAAUGUAACGGCCCGUAUCACGAUAAUAGAAGUGGGGGUCAGCAUCUUGUAUCCAUCGUGAUGUUAUACUGUUUGUUAUACUGUUUGAAAUAGGAUCGAUAGCAAGCAGAAGAUCACUGAAAUACUCACUAUAUUUGUUAUCAAACUGGGUGCCUUAAAACUAUCAUGGAUUAUACAUUCCAUUUUA